AUGAAAACGACUGUGAUUAUACUCUUGGCGCUUGCCACGUAUGCGACUACGCAGGAAUGCGGAUCAAGUCUGAAACCGGAGAAGUUGGGUAAGUCAAACCGAAAAAAGACUGGAAGAACUGAAAGGGAAAGUGUUGCAGUGGUGGUUGGUGUGUGGAAGAGGAACUUCGACAACUCGACGGCCCAAUGGCGUAUCUCGGAUGAAGAUCUGUCGGUCCGUGGAUACGAGCGGGCCGGAACUGACAAGGCGAGCUCGACGGUGAUGCUGGCGAGACACCCGGAAGGCUGCGUGGUCACUGACUGCGGAGUCCGUCUCUCGGCAAUGAUGCAGGUGAACGGAGCCAUCCUGCACACGGAUCACCGCAUGGUUCGCAUGAACGACUCGACGAUGGAGAACAUCGAGGACGAGUUUUACUGUGCGGAGAAGAACAAUUCGUGUGGGGCGGAUGUGCCCAUCUACAGACUGGUGAAGCACUCUCUCACUGGACCUCGUAAGUUCUCUUUCAUUCCUUUUCUGAUUGAAUCAUCUUACUCAGACUAUGCGUAUUCUUUCGACAACGUUGCUCAAUCCCUUCCCGGAUACGAAAAAGAGUUCUUCCCGCUGUGCUACGCAUGGCGUCAGACGCCCUCUGUCGUUCUUUUCAACUCUUCCGACGACGGCGUCUGUUUGACCCUAUCGGAAACCAGUCACGGGCGGAUUAUCUACUCGAACAACCAGCUCAACGUGUAUUCCAUCGGCACGACAGCCACCCUUCAAUGCAAUCACGGAUUCGCAGGUAGUGGAAUCAGCAGUCUUCUGUGCACAAAGGACGGCUGGUACCCGAAGGGAGGACUCGGCAGUUGCGAGCAAGAGACGAAGCCGCAGUUGUUGGUCGCCGCCAGUCAGGUCCAGGCGGACGAACAGCCGUCCUGCCUCAUUCCGUCUUCCACGCCCAACGGAAACGUCGUCUACUCUGCCAACGUGGCAGCCAGCACCUCUCGGUCUACCGUACCCACGGCCACCCGAGCUACCGUACUCUGCUCCAUCGGAUAUGUUCCCACCAGCUCGGCGCCUUCCUCCAAAUGUGUGAAUGGCGAAUGGCAGCCGUCGCUUCCCUCGUGCGUCUCUUUGAUUGAUCUGAAAUGUCCGAUUCUCUCGGCACCUCGGAACGGAGAGGUUUCGAAUGUUUCCAUGAAAAGUGAAAUCACCAGAAGUUUCAGUUGGUCUUCACGAACUCGUCGAAUGCUCCGUACAGCCUGGACUCGGUGAUCUCGUUGAAAUGUGAUCGGAACUAUUUCGGAAUCGGAAACCUCACGGCCACAUGCACUUCAACUGGUUGGGAUCAGAGAAUUGGACAAUGUGAAGCGGUAGGAAUCAGGAGACUCAGUCAAAGUGUACGUUAGAAUACAAUACUGUUCAUUAACUAAACAUUAAUGGGGAUAUUCAGCGUAUGUAUGUUUUCCGUUUUUUUUUUUCGUUUUUCACAUCGCUGAAUUGGGUUUUCUGACGCAAAAAACGAAAAAAAAAAUCAUUUUUUCACACCCCGAAUAACCCCAUCACAAAUCAAUAUUCUUUAGCACAGAAACCGAAUGCGGAGACAGGUCAGUUUGAGUGGAUAUAUAGCUUCUAACUCUGUCCAAUUUCAGUUCCAAUCUUUCUCCUAUUCUAUCUCAGAAAAACCUUUCCGAUUUCCUCUAACUUUGUCAUCUAUGUUCCGCAAGAGUCCAUUUCUUAUUUCAGGUGUCCUCAGGAUCUGGCUGCUCAAUGAUUGCGACUGUUUCGAAUGGAAACCUCCUCUACAUCCAGUCGAAUCCAAGUGUCGAGUACUCAUCCGGAUCUUCGGCCUAUCUGAUGUGCAACAUCGGCUACAGUCUCUCCGGAUCCGUCUCUUCCAUGUGUUCCAAUGGAGUCUGGUCCCCGUCAAUCGGUCCGUCUCUCAUUCUCUUUUAGCAACUGAUUCGUGUCACAUUCAGGACAGUGCACAAAUGCCCUUUCUCUUGGUGAAACAACUGGAUCAUGUGCAGCAAUUGCUGCUCGGACGAAUGGAACAAUCACUUAUUCAUCAAGUACGUUCUGGGAACAGUCUCACUUCCACUCAGAUUCUAUUCAGUUGGUUCCUAUCCGUCGGGAACAGUCGCAACAUUGACCUGCAAUCUCCUGAACACCGUCUCAGGCUCUUCCACGAGCACUUGCCUAACCAAUGUCUGGAGCCCGACUCUCGGAACGUGCGUUUAUUCGAGCAGCUCUUCCAGUCAGUCAUCCUGCGCUAAUCCGACUGUGCUCAAUGGACAACUCACCUACAGUCAGGGAAAUACCUACGAUGUAAGUUAUCGAUUGCCCCAGAUGGCCUGACCUUCUGGAGCUUCUAGAUUACUCGACCGUACCUCACAACAGCUACACUCAGCUGUAACAGCGGGUACACACUGAGCGGAACAUCCACGUCCACUUGUACCGGAGGAUCUUUCACUCCCACUCUUGGAACCUGCAACUAUGGAAGUUCAACGGGAACGACGGGAUCUACCGCGUCUUGCAUAAAUCCAACAGUUCUCAAUGGACAGAUCACAUACAGCCAAGGCAGUACUUAUGAUGUGAGUGGGACAAUAGAAAGUAGAUGACACGGGGACAAGUUCAGAUCACUCGCCCCUACCUCACAACGGCCACUCUCACAUGCAACAGUGGGUACACACUGAGUGGAACAUCCACUUCUACUUGUACCGGGGGAUCUUUCGCUCCAACUUUGGGGACUUGCAAUUUGGGAACUUCAUCUGGCUCAACCUCAACUUGUCUUAGUUUGACAGUGCUCAGUGGACAGGUCACUUACAGCCAAGGAAGUACUUAUGACGUAAUCAAUGACUUUCACGAGUCACAUUAUUAUUUUUAUUCAGGUCACCCGCCCCUAUCUCACAACUGCGACGCUCACCUGUAACAGUGGAUACACUCUCAGCGGAUCUUCUACGUCCACGUGCUCCGGCGGCUCUUUCACUCCGACCAUCGGCACGUGCAACUACGGAUCGUCCAACUCCUCAGGUGGUCUCCAAUGCACCGCAAUGAUCGCUCCCCUCGCCGGUUCCGUCACCUACUCCAACGGUGGUUCAAUGGGACCGUUCCCAAGCGGAACCACCGUCACCGGCACCUGCACAAAUGGCGAAGCUAUCUCUGGAUCCUCCACGGCCACGUGCUCCAAUGGAAUGUGGUCGCCCACCUUCCUGGGCACUUGUUCUUUGCUGGGUGGCUCCACGACGGGCUCAUGCAGUGCACUGACAGUUCCCUCCGGAGCACAGGCCACUUAUUCUCCGUUCAGUUUGAGCACGACCAGUUACACAUCGGGCACAGUCGCCACUGUCACGUGUACCACAGGAGGAAGUCUUCUCGGAACAUCCACAUGUACUAGCGGGAUCUGGAGUCCAAGUAUCACCAGCACGUGCUCGUCCAGUACGACCACAUGUUCCUCUCUCACACGACCUGUUGGCGAGACGGUCACUUACGACGGAACAACCAGUUUUGCGACGAGUUUCGCUACGGGAACUGUCGCGCGAGUGACCUGUUCUAACGGAACACAGAUCGGACAGUCAACGUGCUACAGUGGAACAUGGACUCCUGCCAUCAGUGCGACCUGCUCCGGAAGCAGCACGGCCAUCGGGACCCAGUGCAUCGGCGCCAUUGUUCCCACGAACUCCCAGAUCACGUACAGCGACGGCAGCAUGGUCCUCCAUUCGUCCGGAACCAGUGCCACGUUAACUUGUCUGAACGCUGCCACGCUUUCUGGUAACAGUUACGCAACGUGUUCGAACGGAGUGUGGACUCCAACCCUCGGAAGUUGCACCUCCUCCAGCUCGAGCACUGGCCCUUGCUACACCCCUCCACUGACUCCGACUGGUGCCACGAUCACUUAUUCUUCCGGAUACUUUGCCCCGUGGACUGCAGGUUUCUACUCUUCGUCCCCGUCUUCUUCUGAUCUUUUUCCUACAGGAAGCACCGCCACAAUGACGUGCCCAUCCGGCCAAACCGCCUCCGGGACUACUAUAACCUAUUGCACCAACUCUGCAUGGUCCCCAUCCCUCGGAACGUGCUCCGGAAGUGGAACUGUCGGCCAAGGUACAGUCGCCUCUCGUGGCCCUCUUGCUUCUUCUUUCCUCCCGCAUGAUCCGAUUCCCUUUCCCGCAUGCAUAUCCAUUUCAGCCGAUACCACCACCUCUUGCUCGUAUCUGCCGAUUGCUCCGCCGUACGGAAGCAUCGUCACCAGCCAGACGGCGCCGUACUCGGCCGGAACAGUCGUCACUUUGCAGUGCGACACCGGAUAUUCAGUGCAGGGAAGUGGUGCCACGUCGACGUGCACCAACGGAAUCUUCACAGAAAUUACAGCCACGUGUACAAAGAACUAAUUAAAAAGCGAUGUUAAUUUGAUGGUUUCCCGGUGGAAAGAGAUAAACUGGAUAUGUUAUAUGGCUUCUGCUCCGUGCUCACUUGCUAGUCGCCUAGCUAUCUAAUACCGUAGUCAAUUCCAGGAUGCACUCCGCUCUCCGCCAUUACCGGCACCCUCACCAACGGCCGGAUGACGUACACCCCCACAAUCACAGCCACAGUCCCCAUCGGCACCACCGUCAACAUCGUGUGCUACAGUGGAUACAGCCUUUCCGGCACAUCUCUCGCUUCCUGCACCUCGUCCGGAUGGUCUCCGAGCACCAUCGGAAGUUGUGUGCAGCAGGGUAGGCGUUCCGUCCUUUCUCGUCCAUCGUUCUCCUAUUUGUAGCCUCCUUCUCCUCACUAAUCGCUAACCAGUCGUGUCUCGCCAUGUCCACGCCAACCUACGGCACUUUGUCCUAUAGUGUCACGGGUUCCGGACCCUUCAAUACUGUAUGUUGUCCGUUUUUGUGCUCUUUCGUGUCACGUCACCACUUCACAGGGCACUACCGUAACUCUUCGCUGUGAUACUAACUACGCCGCGACGGGCGGCUCCACCUCUGCCACGUGCUACAACGGAGUGUGGUCGCCGACGAGUUUGGCCACGUGUCAGAGAGCACUGAAAGGUUUGCACACGAGCCAAAAUGACGACUAAUGAGACUGUGAAACGUCGACGUUUUAUGAUUUGAGACUCGAUUUCAGAAGUGAUCUCCGCAUCGUGUCCGUUGGGAAUCGCGCCCGUUUUGGGGGCCACCGUAACGUACUCAAAUGUGGGAGCUGAUUGAUAUUCUAGCAAAACUGAUAAAUAUCUUCAGGGAAGCCCGCUUGGACCUUACCCGGCUUCAACUGUUGCCACUGCUACAUGUCCUUCUGGAUACGUUGCAAAUGGUAGGGAGUGUGAGAAGCUACUCAAAAUAAUUGUAAUUCAGGAAUCAUGAGUGCAUCGUGUAGCAACGGAGCCUGGACGCCUGCCUCUCUUGGAACUUGCGAGCUGCUCGGAUCCGAGAUCGGAAGCAACUCGUGCGGAAGACUCGCGGACAUUCUUUCGGGAACGCUCGUGUACAGUGCCUUCGGAUUCGGCCCGUACCCCAGUGGAACCACAGUCUCCGCCCUCUGCAACAUCGGCUUCACACUCUCCGGCCAGCCGACCGCAGUCUGCACGAACGGAGUCUGGAAUCCUCUUCCGGGAACCUGCGUCUCUGCCACUUUUCUCCGAAAACCGCCCGUCAAAUCGAACAAUCUUACUCUGUCGGUCGCGGAUUCCCCGAAGAACGGAACUGCCGAUGACACCCCGACGGUCGUCAUCUCCGGAGAACGGUGUCCUCCCCCAAUCGCCCCUGCAUUCGGAGAAGUCAGUUCAGAAACCAACGGACAACCUUACAACUUAUGAUUUUCAGAUCACAUUCUCCGGAUUCUCGACGAAAGGAACGUUCGAAGACGGAACGACGGCGGCUCUCAAGUGUAAUCUGGGCUACAAGACGACCGGAGCAUCCUUCUCCACGUGCCGUAAAGGAUCGUUCCGUCCGAUCCUCGGAAGGUGCUCCAAUGGCUCAGAAUCGUCCGUUUCGGGAGUUUGCUUCCCUCUUUCGCCGCCCAAAAACUCCCGAGUCGUCUACAUUCAAAGCGGCACGUCGCUCGACUUCGACGAUGGAACAACUGCUCUUUUGUACUGCGAGGAAGGGUUCGCAGUCACCGGAACUGCCACGUUGCAAUGCCAAGGUGGACAGUGGGAACCCGCUUCAGGAUUCGGCAUGUGCGAUUCAAUUUGA